AUGGCAUGUAGGAGAGUUGCAAAUGAGUCUGUUGGGCCAGAUAUUGGAGAUGGAGAUGAGCUGCUUCACAUAAAUAAUUCCAUGCUGAGCUAUGGAGGUACUGUGUUUAACGACGGUCAAAUAUGGGACCCUCACCGAGUGAUUGAUGGCAACACUACAUGCUUUUGGCGGUACGGAACUAACUGCACACGUGCGUGCAGUGAAAACUGCCUCAAUGACGAAACCUGUAACAAUGUGAACGGCGAAUGUCCGAGCGGAUGUGUGGAUGGAUAUGACUAUGCCAAAGAUAAAACAUGUACAUUACAAUGCUUUGGUCGAUACGGCGUUAACUGCACACACGCAUGUAGUCAACAUUGCCUUAAUAACGAAAAUUGUAACCAUGUGAAUGGCGAAUGUCCGAGCGGAUGUGUAGAUGGAUAUGACUAUAUCAAAGAUAAAACUUGUAGUUUGCCAUGUUUGAACAGCUACGGUCGGAAUUGCAAAAAUGCCUGUAGUACAAACUGUCUCAACAACGAUACCUGUACUUCUACCAAUGGAGAAUGUCGGAAUGGUUGUGCAGUUGGCUAUAACUAUAGAAUUGAUAGAACAUGCAAAACACCACAACUAGCAAGUAUAACGGUGCUUCCACAAACACGUUCGGAAGUAAUAUCCAUAACACAUCGUGCGUUUGAAACGAUGCCAGGGUGGUCGACUACUUCUCCCUUAAGUGCAAAUAAGAAAGAAACAAAUAACGGCUCGACAGCAUCAUUAUUUGCUGCAAUAGGCGCUUUGUCGAUGGCCUGUGGUCUUCUUGUGGCGACAAAUGUCAUAACUUUCUGUAUAUAUUUAAGGCGGAAGAAACGCACAACAGCAAGCGCUGACCGAGUACAUUCGGGCACUGAUAAUGCUUAUGAUACACUCUCAUCGGCGGAGCGAUCAACAGAUAACUACGAAGGCCUGCAGGUGGCACAAAUGUAAUUAUCCGAUGGCGCCAAGAGAACAAUUAAAUACAUUACGUUAUAAUGAAUAGUGACGAUGAACUACAAUCGAGUCACUGAAUCAUAACACGUUCACAUGUUCGCCUAAAACCAUGGACAUACUUUGUACACGAAAAGACAAAUGAACGUACUGCAUGCGGAAAAAAAUGUUAUUUUUGCAAAUGAUUGUUGCAAGGAUUAUUAACUGUGUACACGAAUCAAACGUUUUAUUUAUGCAUUAUAACAAACUCGCUGCAUAUACAUUAUAAUAAUUGAAAUAUUUUGUAUUCUCGUGUGCAUAUUUAAUUUGGUGCUGUAGAACAAGCGAUCUGUAGACAAGUAUUAUGUUUUAAUCGUAGUGAUGCUCUGCUUAGAUAAACGGAGUCUGUCUUUCUCUGUCUUGCACACGUACAUCAUUUAUUCGCUUUAGUUGCCAUGUUUUAGUGUUACACAAAACCACAUAAAUCAACAUUAAACAUAAACUUCUCUAAAGGGCGUAUACUUCUCUAUAAAGAGCAUAUAGGUGUAUGCUGUUUCCUAAAGGACGGUUAUACAUUAUAUAUGCAGCAUUAAAUGAUAAGUUUUUAAUAACGAUAAUAAGCAUUGAUCAGUUUUGUAUUAUAAAUAAAAAAAUCAAAUAUAAUACUUUUCAUCAGUUUUAAGCUGUUCUGGUGGAGUGUCCUAAGCCGCCCUAUUUUGAAGAUAUUUUAACGAUUAUUACGUUGUUAUCAUGCAUGUUCUGGCAUAUUGUGGGAACAUAUCGACUAUUAGGUGUUGGAAGAUUUAUAAACGAUAAUGAAAGCUUAAAUUGUGAAAACAAAAUACAUGUGACAGUGAAAUAUCAGUGUAACAUCGCGAAUCGACAACAUUCAUAAGCUUCUUAAUGCCGACUAUUGUUUCCAGUUAAUCAUAAUAGUAAAACAUGUUUAUACGAUGUCGCAAUGCAUUCGAAUACUGUGUAAUGUUACUGAAAUUGUUCAUUUGUAGAGCUCUUAAACAGAAGCCCAGCUUGAGGGAACGGAGUAAUGCGCUUUUUGAAUGCCGUUAUAUUUAUUGAUAAAUUAAACGUUUACUCUUAGGUUUAAUAUUCAGAUUUUGUUAUUGAAAUGGUAUUAUAGACAGCUUUGAUAAGAAUAAAAAAGCUCAGAUACAUGAAAUUGAGUUAGAGGGAAUGAACUAGUUCGCCAUUACCAACCAUUUAAAAACCAACCAACACAAGACAAACAGCAUACAUGUAAACUGAACUAUAACGUUCGGAGUAAGUAAGUAAACAUGCUGAGAAAUGUGUUUAAAAAAUGCAUCGCUCUUAAAGUUAUGUUUUGAAAUACGCAAGACAUCACGCGUUCCGCUAUACAUUUUUACCUUAAGUGGGCUGUGGUCCCUGCAUCCCUAGAGGUUGCGAUCAGCCUUUUGGUCGACAGGGACACAAUGAUCAUCGGUCUAAUAUCGAGUUUUUGUUCGCAACGUAAUCGUAUAAACAAAAUGGCUCGAUGUCGGCCCAAUAUUGAAAUUCCUCUGAGUUUACCUGAUGUAAAAAAACAAAAACACCUAUCCCUUUUUUCACAGUAGAAGAUGAAUAUUGCUCUCAUGCUUUAUUGUAACAAAACGAUAGGAUAUUAACGCGAUUUCAUAAGUAUUUUGUGUUUCUCGUAUUUCCAAAAAAUUAAUAAGAUAAGUUUAAAUGUGUAUACACACUAAUACGAUGAAUUUCAGAAAUAAUAGCAAACCGAGCCAGAACCAUGGCAGAUUAUCAGAUAUUAGUUUGUUAUUGUUUUCUUUAUUCGACAAUGUGCUAGAUUCUUUCAAUCUAAACAAUCAUACAUUUAUACGUACAUUUUUUAUGCGUUUUGAAUAUAAUUGCUUAAACAAAACGCACCACUAAAUAUUUUAAAAGCGCGUAUAGUCAACCAAACGUGUGGCUGCCUUACUUAGUAAGUGUACUCUGUGCUGUAGCUAUAGGUGUACAGUGUGCUGUACUUAUAUGUAUGUGUUUUAUUUCUUAUAGCCAGCAGCUUAAAAAUCUUGCAUACAAUUUACUAAACAAAAGAAGUAAAAACAAUUAUAGAUUUGCAUAUUUACCCCUAUUGACUUCGGGGCGCUUCACAAAUUUCAUUAGAUCAUUUUUCGUGCAAACAUUUUCAUACUUAUAUCUGUUGUAAAACUUAAUUUUGAAUAAUACUUUUUUCGGAGGAAAAUAUUUGUAUGUGACUUUACUUAUAUCAUAACGGUAACAUAUCUUAAUACAAUAACAGCGGUAAACUUUUCUUUAUGAUGAGAAUAAUCUCUUUAAAAUGUCUCCACUGAAACAAUAUUUAUUCAAUGCAAAGACAUAAUGAAACAUCUAAAAAUGUAAUGGACAACUGUCCCCGGUACAAAAUUUACACAAAGAUAUAUCCUGGUUAAAUAACAUAUGUUUCUGUAAUUGAAACAUGCUUUCAACUAUAUGUGAUAGAACACAGACUCACGACCAAUGUGUUAAUGCGUAUGCCAUGGCUGGUAUUAUCAUGUAAUGUGACAGAAAUAAAGAUAUUGUGUUUGUGUU